GACACCGACAACACGCUUGAAACCGCAUUUUAUUUAGUCUAUGGUCAUUUGACAGUUCACAUUUCUGGCGUUGUCGAAUUUAUCCCGAGAUAAACAUAAGUUUUAUUAACUUUUUUUACUAAAUAUUGUCAGGAAAUUCAUUAAAAAAAGAUCACGACGAGUCAAUUCGCAUACAGAGUGGAAUUAUUCAUUCACAAUUCGUGGAAUGUUGGCUGUACUGUCCGAAAAUUCUGACUCGGAACAGGUGUUUUUGAAAGAAAUGUGUUGCAGUUCCCAUCGUUAUUAAUUUUUAGUGUCGUGAAUAAUAAAAAAGUGUAUCGAUCCGCGUCGGCCGGAUCGCACGGUCGCUCGAUAUUUUGGCUCGGAAGGACGAACUGGACGUCGCUUGGCGUUCGUAAACAACUGAUAGAGAUAAAGAAGGACGCCACUCUGUCUCCGAGAAUCAUUUACAUGAUGAGGUGGUUCAGGCCGGCUGCCGAGGGGUCCAGCUAGGGGCUAUGGUGCAGCAUCUGAGCGAGCAGUGGGUGAUGACCGCGGGCGACCGGUGAGGUGGCGCCGUGGCGAGGAUGCCGCACCAGUUCGGCGCGGGCCUGGGCGGCGCGGUGGGCGCGGCGGGGGGCGGGUCGCCGCCGCCGCAGCACGGCGCGCUGUUCCCGCGGUACGCGAGCGCGGCGGGCCCCGGCGCCGGCGCCUACCGCCCCGAGGAGCGCCGCCUUACGCGCGAGGCUAUGGAGCGCUACCUGCGAGACCGCGCCGACAUGGUUGUCGUUAUACUACACGCGAAAGUUGCACAGAAGUCCUAUGGUAACGAGAAACGGUUUUUCUGCCCACCACCCUGUAUAUACCUAUUUGGUGACGGCUGGCGGCUGCGGCGCGAGCGCAUGCUCCGCGAAGGCGAAACAGAGCAGGCGGCCCAGCUCUGCGCCUUCAUAGGCAUAGGAAACUCUGACCAAGACAUGCAGCAGCUCGACCUGAACAAUGGGAAACAGUACUGUGCAGCUAAAACCCUGUACAUAUCAGACUCUGAUAAACGAAAGCACUUUAUGCUAUCAGUUAAGAUGUUCUAUGGAAACGGCCAUGACAUUGGUAUAUUUAAUAGUAAGAGAAUUAAAGUAAUAUCUAAGCCUUCUAAGAAGAAGCAGUCAUUGAAGAAUGCAGACUUAUGUAUUGCGAGUGGUACGAAGGUAGCUUUAUUCAAUCGUCUAAGGUCACAGACAGUAUCAACUAGAUAUCUGCAUGUAGAGAAUGGGAACUUCCAUGCAUCAUCCACACAGUGGGGAGCAUUCACGAUCCACCUGCUGGAUGAUAAUGAGAGUGAAUCGGAGGAAUUUGCAGUGCGGGACGGAUAUGUACACUAUGGGUCCACUGUGAAGCUUGUUUGCUCUGUGACGGGCAUGGCUUUGCCUAGGCUAAUCAUAAGAAAGGUAGACAAGCAAAUGGCCCUCCUAGAGGCCGACGACCCAGUCUCCCAGCUCCACAAAUGUGCGUUCUACAUGAAGGACACAGAGCGCAUGUAUCUGUGCCUAUCACAGGAGCGUAUCAUACAGUUCCAAGCCACGCCGUGCCCUAAGGAGCCCAAUAAGGAGAUGAUCAAUGAUGGAGCCUGUUGGACCAUCAUCUCGACAGAUAAGGCAGAGUACCAGUUUUAUGAAGGCAUGGGACCCGUCAGGUCCCCAGUGACACCGGUACCUCUCGUCCACUCCCUCAACCUCAACGGCGGCGGCGACGUCGCCAUGCUAGAACUGGCCGGAGACAACUUCACACCAUCCCUACAAGUGUGGUUCGGAGACGUGGAAGCGGAGACGAUGUACCGCUGUGCGGAGUCCAUGUUGUGUGUGGUGCCGGAUAUAUCGCAGUUCAGGGGGCAGUGGCUGUGGGUGCGGCAGCCUACGCAGGUGCCCGUGUCCCUCGUCCGCAACGACGGCAUCAUCUACGCCACGGGCCUCACGUUCACGUACACCCCCGAGCCCGGGCCGCGCCCGGCCUGCGCGCCCGUCGACGACGUCAUGCGCCCCGAGGCCGCCGCCACGGCCUGGCACCAUGAACCGCACGCGGGGCAUCCUGCGCAUCCGGCCCAUGCGCUGCAGUAACAAACUAUUGCCCCUUGCGACGGCUGCGCGAUGAACGUCGUACGUGGAAUAAGACUCUGGUAGAAAGCAUCCGUCACAAAGGAUCGGCUAAAAGCCUUUGCAGGCUUGGCCGAGCUACGACACGGCCAAUCUGCCUGAGUGCGACCCGAGGUGUACAAAAAGAAUCAAGAUAGAAUUCUCGAUUCGGUGAGUGAAUUACGAACAUUAUAAAGUCCAUUCCAGCUGUUUUCUUAGAUUUGAUAAACAAUUUAAAUGCACAUAAUCAGGCUUAAACAGUCGCAUAGUUUACGAUUCGUUAACGUUCAAAUGUACUGCCAUUGUUGCAUAUUUUCGCGAUUCGCGAGCUGUUUUAGCCAACAAAAUGCAUUUUAAUUUAUAAAAUUGUUUACCAAAUAAAACUUGUAAGUGAUGUAAUAUUGGAUGGACUGUAGUUAGUUUCGAUAGUGCCUAGAAAGCUUUAUUAUUGAUACGGAGUCCACGUCGAACGCUUCGCCGACUGUGAAACGACGUGCCUCAUAUGUAACGUUUUUUUAUUAAUUAUUAUCGAGAUUAUCACACCAAAAUGAUAUGUUAAGGUCAGAUUAUUUCUGCGAGACUCGGUCGAGCUAUUACUAUAAUCUUUACAGUGCGUCAGAUGUUACCACAUGUCUAUAGCCAAGGAAAUGACACCACGACCUGAACUAUAUUCUAACAUCUCAGGUACUGUAAAUAGUGAUGUCAUAAUAAGGACAAAGCUAGUGAAACCAGCUCGAUAAACCUAGUAGUUUGAACGUUUAGAAUGAUUUUGAUUAAGAUAUUUUCUUUCAGCUAAUAUGCACUUUGUUGUUUGUCAAUAAGACGCCACUGAAAAAAAUCGCCCUUUAUGACAAUCAACAAAUUUAUACUUGUUCAUGAGAACACGCUGACUGCAAUGUGUUCAGCCGCUCACUCUUUGCCUAUCACCAGUGGCGUAGCUAGGCGUGGGCGAAGUGGGCACUCGCCCACGGCCUCGCGCUUAAAGGGGCCUCGCGGAAGGCAACACUUUAUUAUCUUGGGAAUACACAUUGAAAGAAAAGGGCCUCGCAGAUGCGACUUCGCCUACGGCUAGAUUAGUUCACUCUACGCGACUGCCUGUCACAAGGCAUCCCCUAUAUUAUACAAAGACAUUUCAAACAAUUUGUCAACUGUAUACUUUUGUGUAAUCCAAGCUUAUAUUAAGUCAAUGAAAUAGCCGCUUGUUUAUGGAAGUUAGUUCCUACACUGGCAUUUAACAAUUGCCAAUAUAAAAUUAAUGUACGUAUCGAAACGUGGAAGAUCUCUCUGCUCUUAGAUUUGUUUCUUCGGGGCCAAAUAGCUGUAAUCCAUGACAAGUCAUUCAGUAUGUUGUAAUGAUUUUGAUUAGUAUAACAUAAUUUUAAUAUUUGUGUUGACGGUGAUAUGUGAUGGGAAAUUAAACGCGCACGCUUACAAAGUUUAUAUCUAACAAAUAACAACGCGACGCCAAAUAAGUUCAGUUAGGUUAUUUUAUAUUGUCUCUUUGCACAAUUUGUUUCAUUCAACAAUAGACAAUACAAUUAUAGAACCGAACACAAGCGGAAAAUAUGUCUUGGAGCAGUUUCAGACCAACUAACUAGAUUGUCAAACCACAACAUUAAAUAAUUGAUAAUCCAGUUCCUACAAUUCGUACGGCGCCGACGGCGCAUUCUAUUUAGUUCGGCUAUAUUUUUCUAUUGUGUGAGCUACUGUAGUUGUUUUGUCUAUGAUUCAAGUCAAUUCCAACUUCACUUUAGUUUACUGCUAAGAUGCUUUAAUAAAAUAUUGUUGUAUACAACCUCAAAGACGCCGGAGUUGCAAUAUUUGUCAUUAGUGCACUGAAUAUCUCAUUUUACGGCAACCGAUAGUUAUAAAAUGCUCUAAGAAUACUUGUAUUAGAUUUUAAUUGUAAUCAGUUUGUUAAAUUAUUUGCACUCGCCCAAGGGCUCGCAGCAAGCUGAUACGGCGUAAUGUAUUAUAAAAUAACCGAGACUUUAAAGAACAAAUAGAUAGUUAAGCUAGUUUUAGUACAUAGUACAGUUUCGUAUUGUUUAAAAACACAAAUUGAAAUUAUAUUUAUUUUUAAUCCAAUUUAAUUUUGUAGGAAAUUUGUGUGGAAAAUUCUGAUUCGAUGUGUAUUAUUAAGCAAAAGUGUGAUUUCCAACAUUCCAUUCGGAAAGUGUAAUAUUGAAGUACAAAAAAUAACAAUAUUUUUGUAGCACAACAUUUGAUUAUCGAGAUAAUUUUAUGGAAUUGGUCGUACAGUAUUACAAAUACGUUAGAGUUAGAGAUUGGUAUAAUUAAAUAAAUACGCAGUAAUUACGUCAAUUCGUAUGAGAUGGUCGAUUGUCUUUUUAAAACGCUGUUUACUCGUGAGUUUUUAUCAUUUUACAUUUGGUAAUUAUAUAUUUGAAAAUUCGUGUUUAAACGAACUGCUCGUGUAUAAUAAAGUACCCACUAUGAAUCGAAGCGGUGGAUUUGAAAUAUAAAUAUUUUUAAUAAAACUGAAUUUAAAUAAAAAA